CAUGUGACCGUCAUGCAAACAUGAAUAACCACAAGCUCGCGCACAUCGGGAUUAGUAGUAACAUUCGAGCAGCGUGUGCCAGUAAAUUAAGUUAUAUUUCCACAAUUAUGGUACGCGCAAAACACUUUGUAUACAAAAAACACUUCGACGGAUUUCCUAAAGAUGGCGAUCUAGUGCUCGAAGAGGAAGAACUGCCAGCUAUUAAGGAUGGAGAAUUUUUGGCCGAGGCCGUGUACUUGAGCGUUGACCCUUAUAUGAGAAAAUACGCGCCCUGGCAACCACUCAACAAGACAUUUUAUGGCAGACAAAUAGCAGUAAUAAAAGACAGCAAAAAUUCGAAAUUUCCUAAGGGCCAACACGUACUGGCCUCAUUUGGGUGGAGAUCGCACACUAUUUCGGACGGAGUUUCGAAGGAUCCUUUUCCGAUCAAAAUACUACCAGACUAUGGUGGCUUACCCUUGUCGUUGGGGCUUGGUGUACUGGGACAUACUGGCCACACUGCAUAUAUCGGCUUUCUCGAAAUAUCACAACCGAAAGUUGGAGAAACGGUAGUGGUCUCGGGGGCGGCGGGUGCAGUAGGGAGCAUUGUCGGUCAAAUAGCGAAAAUUAAAGGCUGCAAAGUUAUCGGUAUAGCCGGUUCAGACAAGAAAGGCAAGUGGCUGACGGAGGAAUUGAAAUUUGAUCGUUUUAUUAACUAUAAAACGCAAGACGUGAAAACGACGCUGCAAGAAUUUGCCCCCGAAGGAGUUGACUACUAUUUUGAUAAUGUUGGCGGUGAAAUAAGCUCAACGGUUAUUUAUCAGCUGAAUCCCCACGGACGAGUUUCAGCGUGCGGAUCAAUUUCGGAAUACAACGAUGGUGGUCAAAAAGUGACUCCUAUUUACUUUCCUUUGGUAGCCAAGGAACUUAAAAUAGAAGGAUUUCAAUCGCGCAGUUGGUACCAUCGUUGGGACGAGGCAGUAGCGCAAAAUUUGAAAUGGAUACAAGAGGGAAAACUUAAAUACAACGAAACUGUCACGGAAGGUUUUGAAAAUAUGUUCGUCGCUUUUACGGACAUGCUAAGGGGCGGUAAUAUUGGAAAAGCGAUUGUCAAAGCUUGAGCAAUAAAAAAUUAACCACU